ACUAUUGAAUUGACUGCACGAGCGACCUUCCUCCUACAGUUUCUCCUCUCGGUAAAAGAAUAAGUGUGGUCAGAUUCGUUUGAGUGGCCUUCGUGGCAUGCGACAGUAAAAGAGGCGCGGGACAGAGAGAGCGACGGAGAGAGAGAGAGCGCGACAGAGAGAGAGAGAGAGAGAGAGAGAGAGAGAGAGAGAGAGAACUUUAGAGCUGUCGAAGGGGGAGUUGCACAACACGGAUUAAUGUAACUCUGUUUACACCUUCCUUAUUCCAAAACGUCAGCGUGAAGAGAAAAUACUCAGCAAAAUCAGGGGUGAAGGGGCCUGGUACUGUAUGCCAAGUCCACCAUGGAGGCACAGAACAGCCAUCACCAGCACAACCUAGACAACCAGAACAAGAACCUCUACAAGAUGCCUGGAGAAGAUCAGAGCCACCAGUACUGCUGCACGCUGGCCAACUUCCGCAUUGAGAAGAAGAUUGGCCGGGGCCAGUUCAGCGAGGUCUACAAAGCCACUUACCUUCUGGAGGGCCAGCAUGUGGCUCUGAAGAAAGUCCAGAUAUUUGAAAUGAUGGACGCCAAGGCUCGCCAGGACUGCAUCAAGGAGAUUGACCUGCUGAAGCAUUUGAACCACCCCAACGUGAUCAAGUACCUGGACUCCUUCAUCGAAGACAAUGAGCUCAACAUCUUGCUGGAGCUGGCGGAUGCCGGCGACCUCUCUCAGAUGAUCAAGCACUUUAAGAAGAAGAGGCGGCUCAUCCCGGAGAGGACAAUAUGGAAAUAUUUUGUCCAGCUGUGCAGUGCCCUGGAGCACAUGCACUCCCGUAGAGUCAUGCACCGCGACAUCAAGCCAGCCAACGUGUUCAUCACUGCUACAGGAGAGGUGAAGCUGGGAGACCUGGGACUGGGACGCUUCUUCAGCUCCAAGACUACCGCCGCACACUCCCUAGUGGGGACACCAUACUACAUGUCUCCAGAGAGGAUUCACGAGGGUGGCUACAACUUCAAGUCAGACAUCUGGUCCCUGGGAUGCCUUCUCUAUGAGAUGGCUGCAUUGCAGAGUCCAUUCUAUGGGGACAAGAUGAACCUCCUCUCUCUGUGUCAAAAGAUUGAGCAGUGUGACUACCCUCCACUCCCACCUGACCACUACUCUGAGAAGUUGCGAGACCUGGUCAGCAUGUGCAUCAAGCCCGACCCGGGCCAGCGCCCUGACAUCGUGUUUGUUCUGCAGAUCGCCAAACAGAUGCAGCUGUGGACCGCCAGCACCUAAGCCCCC